AUGGCCAAGGGCCGGCGUCGGAGCGCGCAGGCGUCGCGCUCGCUCUACAACAUGCUGCCGGCGAGCCUGCGGCGGACGCUGGCUGGAGUGUCCUUGGGCAUCUCCAUUGGCGUCGCAGGGACGCUCAUUCUGCUGGGGGUGGAGGAGAACGACGAGAAGAGUGGAGGAAGCGCUCGACGCGUUCCGAUCCCGACUGACCGCAAACCGCUGGAGCCCAAGACGCUGCUGAAACAUGAAGCGCUGCGCUACGGAAUGCCCUCGGACGCCAACGUCCACGUGCGCUCGGGAUACGUCGUGUCCUACGACUAUCGCACGCGCAAUGCGGCGUGGGUGAUGGAGUACCUGACCAGAGACUCGCUGCGCGUGGAGCAAGAGACGGAUCGAGCCAACUCCAAGUUCGCGGUGGAUAAGGACGUCCCUGAACAGUUCAGGGUGCAUCCGAAUCGAUACCUCAAGAGCGGCUACGAUAAGGGCCAUCUCGCGCCAGCUCGUAUGUGUGCAUGUUCUAUCGCUGCGAUGGCAACAAGGGGCUGA